UCAAUUGAUAAUGAAUCGACUGCGAAAUCAAUUAUGAUCAAGUGAAAUGCUAAACCAAAAUCGCAAUUUUAGGAAAUCCCACCGUAUGGAUUUACCUACUCAUAUUUUUGCUUUCAUUUUGAGUCCAUCCCCAGCAGCGAUGGUUAGUACGUAUUGGAAUUUUGACCACAACACAUCUACCUCGUAACAUAUCUGUGAUUAAUCAUGAGCUCCGUCGCUCGCGUUUUAGCCGCUGCUUCAAGCAAGAUUUUGUGGUUGCCAUCGCGAUCUAUUGCCACAACGUCGGCCGUGUACAUAAAGCCCAGCACAUCAACCCGUUUUGCUCAAAGUGAUAUCAACCUACGAAACGUGAGAAUGCUCGAGGAACGUAAACCAUUCACCCCGGAUUUCUUCUUCCGCCAGCUUUUUGACGAGAAGUCCUGGACAUACACAUACCUGUUGGGCGAUAUCAACACCAAGGAAGCGGUGCUCAUCGAUCCUGUGUUGGAGCAAGCACCACGAGAUGCCCAGCUGAUUCAGGAGCUUGGUUUCAAACUCACAUAUGCCUUAAAUACGCACAUGCAUGCGGACCACAUUACCGGAACCGGUUAUCUAAAACAGUUACUCCCAGGUACGAUUAGUGUGAUUUCCGAGUGUAGUGGAGCCAAGGCAGAUAAAUAUCUUAAAGACAACGAAAUCGUUAAGUUUGGCAGGUUUGAAUUGACAGCACUUUGCACUCCAGGUCAUACCAACGGAUGCAUGACUUUUGUCGUACACGAUCAGGGCGUGGCAUUCACCGGAGAUGCUCUGCUAAUUCGUGGCUGCGGCCGAACAGAUUUUCAGGAGGGUGAUUCCAGAACGCUAUACCAAUCCGUGCAUGAGAGGAUAUUUACUUUACCGGAUAAUUUCCGCCUAUUUCCAGCUCAUGACUAUAAAGGUAACAUGGAGACUUCCGUUGCCGAAGAAAAGCAAUACAAUCCGCGCUUGACCAAAGAUGUUGACACUUUCGUAGAGAUUAUGGCCAACCUCAAUUUACCUUAUCCUACGAAAAUUGAUGUUGCUGUCCCUGCCAACCGAGAAUGUGGAUUGUAUGACAUUCCCAAGGAAUAAUAGAUUUAAAUGACUAUUGAAUAAAACCGUUGUAUGUGAGUGAAAUCUUGAUUUUGCUAGAACCAAAAUUUUUUGCGAUUAACACAAAAGAUCUAAUGCUCAAUUUGCAAAGGUUCAUGGUCAGAGCGGAGCUUAAAUUGGAUGAAAGUGUUUACAAUACAAACGUUAAGGCGGUUUGUGGGUAAAAGAAAAAGUAUUUUGUUAUAUCAUUUCAAUACAAAUUUUAAUACGCUGUCUCCUCUAUGAAAAAUAUUUCCAGAUAUUUUUCCUAUUUUUAUCUGACCAACCCAUUGUCGAAAUUCGGAAUAGGAGUUCUGAUUAAAAAGGGUUUGAUCAAGAUUGUAGAAUCGAGGCGAAGUAACGUAAAUUUAACGAAUAGCUCCCAAUGGAAAUUGUUUAUAAGUUUUCAAAACUUUGUUUGUUUUUCGUAUCGCGGCAUGUUGAAAAGUACCAUUCACAUGGAUAUUAAAACUUUUAAACUUAUUAAGGAUAUGUAUAUAUAAGAAAUUUAUCUAAUAAACCAAUUUGA